GCCUAAUGAAUGCAGUCGUUAUCAUCACUACAUGUGGUUGAACUGUUUUCAGGGCGACGGUAUCUUAUGGAGCAGUGGUAAUUUUUUAUUUGACAUUUAUAGUAUACAUUGUAGGUCACAGAGUGUUUGAUAUGGGUCUGGAAGCAUUAAAAUAAUGCGACCUUCGUAAUCAUCAAAAUAUUGCGUUCGUUAAGAUUAAGCAGAGGCGUGAAUUAUUGUAAACUAUUAACCUAACACAACCGGCGUUUUCGUCAGACCUUGAAUGCAGAGGAGCUUAUUUUUGUUUUCAAUUUAGCAUCACUGGUGCGUUUCAGUAGAUUUUUUCUAUGAAAAAAAACCUCAUUUUUCUUCUUGGAGGGUUAUACGUACAUGUAAUACGCAUAUGCCAUGGGCGUUUUCGUUCGGGAAACUGACACUCGCUGGUAACAAUUUUUUGUGACCUAGACGGCUGACAUUUCCAGAAUGAACUGGAGAUAGGACACCGCUUUUACUCCUGUAAUCAUAGCCACUUAAAGUUGACAUUUGAUUUUUAUUUAAUGUUGAUGUUGCGAAUUGGCGAUUUCUAGCUGUCAUUUUGUUUGCAAACUGGAUUAUAUUUGGAAGGGAAGAAUAAUUUAGAGAGCGUAUGGACUUGAGAAAAAAAUCGUCACGACAACAGGUAGUUCACAGUGGAAGGUAUACGUCAUCAAAACCACCGGUUACGCAUCGAACGCAACAAGGCAAACUAUACGUCUUCAAAAUGACGGGAAACCAUGAAUGCUACUGAAUUUGAAAAAAAGAGUGUGUCGUAACAUCAGCGCCGAUAAUCAACACAGAACAAACAAAACAUAAGUAAGGUGCUUGAAAUAAGGGAAACAGCAAAUAUCUGUAACCAUGGCGACACUUUCUGAAAUAAAUGCGGCCGAGGCUUUCCGUCAGUUUCCCCUGUCCGUAUAUUUGUCAGUAUUGUCUCUAGUGGGACUUGUCGGAAACUCCAUAGUAUUAUACAUCUACACCAAAGUGUAUACCAACUCAAACUCGCGUUCUUUCAUCCGAUUCCUGUCGACCGUUGACCUAAUGACAUGCGUAGUGGCAGUUCCGGUAGAGAUCUUAACAGUUCUGAACCAGUACGAGUUCGACAACCCCGUCGCUUGUGUGAUAUCUCGGUUCGUAAACUCGGCCGGAACUGUAUCAGCGUCCACAAUAUUAAUACUGAUAGCUAUUGACAGAUAUCGUAAAAUCUGCCAACCUCUUGAGUGGCAAAUAUCAAACAAAAGAGCGAAAAUCUUAAGUGUGUGCUCGAUGAUAUUUGGUGUUGUGUUUUCAAUACCGAAUAUUUUUCUGUACGGUGUUCGAACCCGCGAAGUAGUGUUUGAGUCGUUUGUGUAUAACGGUACUGAAUGUUCCGUUAGCGACGCUUGGUCUGAAUCUCGCUUUCCUCUCAUCAAUAACGUCGUCACAUUGCUAAUGUUUAUCGUGUCGGCUGUGACACUGGUAACACUGUAUUCCAUCAUCGGUAGAAAUGUCCGAUUCUUCGCAAGGCGUCAGGAACAACGGAAAAAUUCGUCCGUUGUCUUGGACACGCAUAGUGGUGCCAACACGGCAGUGAAGAGGCGAGUUUCUGAGAUGAGGUCACAAGAUGGUUUAUCAGCGGAUUCAGUUUGUGAGAAUCCUAAACGCAGGUGUAGGAAGUUACCCAUUCCAGAAGAAAAUAAUCAGACGCUUAAUCAAAGUAAAUCAUCCGACCAGCUCGUUCAGACGCUUGACAGGGAGCAAACACUACAUGAAAUUAUCGAAUUAGAAACGGAUCUGGAGCAGAAAAGUGAUUCGUGUGAUUCAAAGGACAAUGCAUAUUAUGAAGUGGAGACUGGGGAAACGAUUGGAAGCGCGCCGAUAAUUCUUAUAAAUUGUUCGCCAAAAACGAAGGAAACUACUCCAAAUAUUAGAACUCUAUCAGAUUCAACUCACACUUCAAUCUCAAAAAUAUCCUCCCUCAAAACCAAGGUCAGUAGCGUGCUUCCGUCCAACCACAGGCACAUCUCUCGAGACACAUCCCGACAAAAUAAGAAUCUCGCAAAAAGUACAACGUAUUUAAUGUUUAUUAUAUCCAUGGUCUUUAUUUUGAAUUUCGUGCCGUACCUGCUGCUUGUUAUCCUAAGAGAACUUAAAGACGACUUUGUUGACAGCUUGCAAAACAAUGAUGCUGCCAGGACUGCCUAUCGUUUCUUCCUGAGGUCCUACUUCGCUAACUGUGCCGUAAACCCGAUCAUUUACAGCAUAUUCGAUAGAAGGUUUAGACAGGCUUGUAAACAAACACUGAGGUCUGUUAUUUUAAAAUGUUUUCCUGCUAAAUGCUGAAAAUUCUGUCAAACUUCCCUGUAUCGAAUUUGUUGGAACGGUAGCAAUACAUGGAGUUAUAAAUAGCAGUUAAAAUAGCUUGUUUAAAACUCGAUAUUCCAUAUAUUUAACAUUUGUAAAAAAAAAAAUCGGAAUUCAAUGCAUAGCAGUAAUUCAUUCAUUUAAAAUAGUGUCAUCAAUUACCAAAUGUUAUCGGUGUAAUCACGUGUGUGUGACUUACUUAAGUUUCCUAACUUAUAUUAAUUGCUCUUGUUGGUCUGCCGUAGCUGUCAGUGCGCAGGGUGUCUUAAUGAAAGAGGUAAUUGAGAAAGCCCGGAGAAAGCCCACGCGGGUGGACAGGUGACCGAAUACCUCUUCACGAUCGGGGAGUUAAACCCCGGCCGUUUUGGUGAAGGGCGAGUUCGCUUUCCUCUACGCAUUCGAACCACCCAAACUAAUACCUUUUACUCUUGAUACCAGUAACAGUUUUUAAGCUUGAUGCAAUCUUGUUUUGGUUUGACAGUUGUUGUCAUCUGAUGCCAUUUGAUGCCAUUUGAUGAGUUAAAUUUACCUGUACUGUUUGCUUGGAUACUUAUUCUGACUGAGGUUUAAAUAUAGAUGGGGUGUUUUUUUUAUAGAAAAGACAAAAGCUAACUUGACACUAGCACACUUGUAAAUUAUGUAAAUACUUAUAUGAUGUCUCAUAAUCUGACUAGGGCUGGGCUGUACAUCAUUUAUUCAAGGCUGCAGCUUUAUUUUCAAUGACUAUUCAAACGAAAUGUGUAUAUUAUCUAUGUCUUGUAAGAAUGUAAUUUGAUGUGUGUCACUCUAAUUAAAGCUUCAUAUUGCUUGAGAGUUAGAAUGUUAGAGUGUUCGCUUUUCUAAGUAGGUUUAUUGUAUUGUAUUUUGAUAUGACCAGUUAAAUGCCGAUUUUAUUGUUCU